CUUUAUUCACACUCUCAUAUUUGCCACAUACUAAAUUAAAAGAGCAGCACUUGAGAUAGGCUCAAAAGUUUAAUGUUUCAAAAUAAAUAGUUCGGUUCAGUUGGAUCCUGGCAGCAGCUGCAGCAGCUCCCGUCUUUCCUGGCUCUCCUUGCUAUCUCCUUUUUGCUUCCAGGAACAUGGCAUCUAGUGUGGCUGUCACUGAUGGUGCCAUCAAGGUGUUCAAUGACAUGAAGACGGGCAAGUCAUCAACACCAGAAGAGGUGAGGAAGCGCAAGGAGGCAGUGCUCUUGUGCCUGAGUGAGGACAAGAAGAACAUCGUCCUGGAGGAGGGCAAGGAGAUCCUCAUAGGUGAUGUGGGCCAGACUGUAGACGACACCCCUAUUGCCACCUUUGUCAACAUGCUGCCAGACAAGGACUUCUGCUACGCCCUCUGUGAUGCGACCUAUGAGACCAAGGAGAGCAAGAAGGAGGAACUGACGUUUAUCUUCUGGGCCCCUCAGUGUGCACCCCUUAAGAGCAAAAUGAUCUAUGCCAGCUCCAGGGACGCCAUCAAGAAGAAGCUGACGGGGAUCAAGCAUGAAUUACAAGCAAACCGCUACGAGGAGGUCAAGGAACGCUGCACCCUGUCAGAGAAGCUGGGGGGCAGUGUGGUCAUCUUCCUGGGGGGCAAGCCUUUGUGGGCUUCCUCCAGCCCCCUGCCUGGAGCAUCUGGCAGCCCCAGACCAGCCCCCAGGGAUUGCAGGCUGCCCCCUUCCUGCCAGACCAGAGGGCUGGGGGAAUCUCAGGAGGGGGACAAUAGUCCCUUCACCCCAGUUGCCAAACAGCCCCCCACCUCCUGGACCUUCCUCCUCCCUCCAUCCCUGAAGGUUCUGGCCUUGCAAAUCGCUUUUGAUCUUCUAAUUCCUCCUGGCUUGAAGCAGACCAAGUUCCCCCCAGGGACCACAGUUUGGGGGAAGGCCUGUAUCUUUUUUAACGAUACCCCAGUUCCCCACCUGUUCCUCCCCUUUCUGAUGCUGCCAACUUCUAACUGCAAUAGUGACUCUGCUUGUCUGUUUAGUUCUGAGUAUAAAUGGAAUGUUGUGGAGAUGAUCCCUCCUCACACCUCCUGGUCUCUUCCACUUGUCCCUUGGUCACGGCCACUCAAGGAAGCAGGACCAGUAAGGGACCUUCAGUUUAAAAAAAAAACACAAUAUAAUACGUACAUACAUAGUAUUCUCAUGACUGGGUUGCACACAUUCUCCAUUAUUGGAAAACAGAUUGAAAGUACAACUGUCCUGAUUAUAAAAUCACUGAAAAGAAAAUGUUUGCGUAGAAACUUCCCAUUCUGGGAAAAAUGCCUUCUGUGACCUUCCAACUGGAGAAUGAAUGCAGGGUCCUGACUCAGUCCUAGAGAAGGCAUUUGCUUCCUAUGUAGGUUCAUCGCAUUGGUGCCGUCAGGACAAGUGGGAGCCCUCUGGCUUCCUGCAGCCUUCACUCAGGCUCCGGAGUCCUCCAUCUGCUCACAGGUCCAGAACUGAUGCUAUCACACUCAUUUUGAGAGCUCCCGGGUGCCUGCAUCAUUCUGGGCACGGACAGACUCAGAAACCAUCUGGAUGCACACCCUCUCUGCCCUUUGUGCUGAUGGGGAAACCAAGGCAUAGAGAGAUGAAAGCAUGUGCCUCAUCCCUUGCAGUCAGAGAGCUGAGUAGAUGAAGUCAUUCGGCACCGCUGCUCACCCUAGCUGACCUUGUGGUGGCUAGCACCUUCCCUCUCGUUGGUCAUGCAUAUGUCUUUUAAAGAGCAAUAAAAUAAUUUAUUGAUUUAAGAGGAAAGGAAGGCAGGGCAAUGUCUUCCUUGUGGCUGUCAUACACACACCGGAAACGUACAGGAGUGACUGUGGGCACUCACGCAUUGCAAAUUGGCUGUAGAUUGGAAGGCAGAUUCUCCACUAACACCCGCUGCACCGUCUGUCCCCCUUGCUAACCUGCAAGGAAGCAAGGACAGGUCCUAGGUGGCCUUUAUCAGCAUUCAUCGAUAUGAGUGGAACCUCUCUUACAAGGUGUUUGGUACUUUUGUAGAAGCUGGUAAUUUAGCAGUUAGCUGGGGAGUGGGAGAAUACUACCCUGCCAAUGAAUAAAUAAGUUAGGGAGAAAAUAAUGCAACUCAUAGUCCAGGAGCAAACUGCACAGAGAGGUCAGGGAGAGCCCCUCUGAAAAGACAGUAAUGGAACAGGCAGGCACCCUGCCCAUGUCUUCAUGAGGGAAUGAGCUUGGCAUGUUCAGGGCGCAGAAGCAGGCCAGAGUUGUUGCAGUGAAGGCAAGAGAUGAUAAGAUUGGAUAUUAACAUAGUAGCAGUAGAUAAGCAAUGAAGGGGAUGGACACAGGAUAAAUUCAGAAGAUCAAACCAAGAAGACUUGAGUGGAAACAAGCUCAACGCAGCACAUGAAGAGGCAUACUUGGGACAUGUUAACUUUAUCAUGCCUUCCGGUCCUUCAGCUUAGAGACAGGCACAUCUGG